AUGAUUUCCCUCGUGGGUCAGAUGGGUUUGAACUGUUCUCAAGAUUCUACUACAGCAAUGGCGAAAUCAAUAUCUCAGUAUCCAAUGUCUCCCACCGAAGAUCCACGGCUGCCGACCUCCCUCACCGAAGACGUCCCAUCAUCCAAGAAUGAAGUUAAAUUCCUCUUCGAAGACCUGAAAGAGAUGACACAACAAGCCAAAUCUAAACCCAUCGAUUUCAAAGAUGAUCCCGUGCCUCGUGCUUUUCCCUUCGUUCAUAAAUCUGUUACUACUUAUGGUAUUGAAAUGAGAACCAUUGAAGUACCCAUGUUCAAACCAUCAUGGGUCAUGUUGAUCAUGGAAAGGUACAAUAUUGGGAUUUUACAAUUGGAUUGCAAUAUCUUAAGAAGAGAUGUUAGAGUAGAAUCCAUGAGAAAGAAGAAAAAAGUCAUGAAUUCCUUAAACGACCUUGCAAGUGUAGAAGGGGUUUUAUAUGGACAUUUUGAUAGUUCCCUGUGUCAUUUGAACUUCAGUGGCUUACAAUGAUCCUAAGCCAGAGUGGAAAUAAGG